UAAGAUUGGAAGUGGGUAUUUGGAACAGUGCAUAUCUCACCGACUAAAAGUGUCACCUUUGUCAAACCCUAAAAUCACGCUUAAUUUCGGUGAAUGACACCCUCAAAUAGCAUUCUGAGAAACCACCGUAACCACCCUUUGAUUCGGACCACCGCCGAGCUGGUCAAGCUUUGCGUCCAGACACAGAAGAUCAGUUUGCCAAGAGUUGCGCGUGCAACAUCGCUGAACUGUGAUCCUUUUGAUGACCUCGGUCCAUUCCAAUAAAUGCAGCAGAUGAAUGAGCAGGCUGAUUGCUGAGCACGGUCACAUAUUAAGUGUGGACGUAAUGCAUGAGACUUAAGGAUAUCCCUGUACAAAUUGGCUGCUGCAUUAUUGUAAUAUACGGCAAUGGACGACAUCGCUGGGUUGCAAAUUGCUAUGUAGUGGAGGGAUUGAAGUUGGUGAGAUUUGUGCUGAGAGCGGAGCAAAUUUCAGAAGUCCUGGUUUCAUUCCGAGGCGAAGCUAGGAAACGAAUGAUGAGGUCAAUCGUAGACGUGGUAAACCACGCUGCGUGUAAUUUAGACCUGAAAAGUUUUCCGAGUGGUGAAACCCUUCAAAAUUGAUGCCCUUUCGCGAGAUUAUCCAAUACACUGUCCGCAAAAGAAACAUAGUAGAAAAAAGAAAAUGAUGAGGGAAACCAAUUGUGUGCAAAGCAACUGUUAAUGCAAUGGGCCUCAGAUAGCAUGAUCCAUUUAGGGUAUUAGACCAUCGUCAUCCAUACAAGAUCAUCUUAGAGUGGAUUGAAUACUGACGUUUAUAUCGUUCUCCACUUUUAUAAAAUUUUCAGAAUUCGAGAUGUUGAUUCAAGACCGAAUGAGUGAGCAGUAGCACCGCACACUUGGCCAUGGCCGUAGAACCGAAAGAGUGGGUUUCAGAAGCAGCGCAGACAUCAUUUCGGGAUAGCGAAACUCAACAUCUUGUUUGGGAUUCUACCACAGAGCCUCCUCGCCAUCCUUUCACUUUUCCCCGGGGUCGAGGACUGCAUUACCCUGUUAUCUUUGAUCCAGCAUGGCCAGUUCACAUAGCGGCGCCGAAGAGAUUGACGCCACCAGUUGCGCCCUUGAAGGAAAAUUUUGCGAUCGGAACGUAUGCGUUGAAAGGAAUGACCUUAGGUGAAACAGAAAGAAAGCCCAUUAAGAAAACGCUCGUUUUCCCACAUCGUAACACCGACUUGCCGUUUCGACAUCCUACACUAAAGGCAGUGAAAGAGCGAGGACGUGAGCCAUACGAGACUCUCACUUUAGAAGACGUGGAGGGGUUGGAACCGAGAGUCGUGUUUAAGUCCAUCUUGGAGCGGAUCCCGCAGCACGACCUGCGCGACAAGCGAGAGCACCAAGCCGUUUUGCGACAGGUGUUGCGUCUGGGUCCGGCCUGUGUGGAGGAUCCAGGGCCCCCAGCACCGCUCCGCAGGAAACCAAAACGACAUCCUUCACCAGCUAAACAUGUGGCAUCGGAAUCAGCCUGAGAUCCUCGUUACAGACGAAGCUCUGUGUAUGGUGGAGCUCCGCGCGUAGUCCACGGCGAUGGCGGCGUUGUCCCGGAGCAGGACGUCCGUGAACCCACGGAUCCUUAACUUUUUCGCGCCUUCUGUUGUGAAAGACUACUUUUUGAAACUUUUGAGCUUUUCCCCCUUAAUUUUCUUUUUCAAAAAGCUUAGUGAAAAACUUUGCGAUGCUUUUUUACUGGGGAGCUUUUUAAUAUUGGAUAUAUUAGAGUUCCUUGAGUGGUUUUUCGUAUGAGGUUUAUCAACUUCUGUUGUUUUCUAUGCUUAAUUUUGGAUGCAAUUGUCUUGUUCAUUUUGCACUGUUACCAUUUUAAAAUUUUAAAUUCUAAAUUUCAAAAUUAAGAAUGAA